AUGAGCUCCAGGAACCGCUCCGCCGCCACCGCCACCGCGGCACCGCCCCCCGCGCCGACGCUCCGGACGCCGCGGCGCCUCCGCCGGCGCGCGCUCAAGGCCCCGGGGUCGGGCGGCGGGCGGCGGAGCGGGCCCGCCACGCCGCUGCUGCGCUGGGACACGGGCACCGGCAAUGGGGCGCCGGGCGAGAAGCGCGGGGACAAGGCGUCCGCGGCCGGACCCGGACCCGGCGCGCGGGAGAAGGCGCCGCGGGAUGUGUCGGUGAGGAGGCUCGCCGCCGGGGUGUGGCGCCUGCGGCCCCCGGAGGCGGUCGUCGGUGGCUCGGCAGGCGCCGCCGGCGGCGCCGGGGAGGGCAGGGUUCACGUGGGGCUCGAGCAUAUCCCGAGGCAUCUACAAGUCCAGCUUCUUAAACAGAAUACUGUGGGUCGUCACCAGAAUCUUAAGAAUGAGAUUUCAAGCCCCAUUUCUGUCUUACAGCCAAAGAGUGAAGAGCUCCACAAGGUACAGUUACAUGGUGCUUCACCUAUGCUACCUGUCACCACUAUGGAGAAAGCAACAAAAUGGGAGCCUGAGAGCAUGAAAGGGAUGGAAUCACAUGAUGCCUAUCUGAUAGCCAGCCAACUAAAUCUUCUGAACGAGCAGCAGGAUGCAUCUUAUGUCGCUAACCUCCAGUUGGAACUCCGGCAAGCACGUGAUCGGGUGGAUGAGCUGGAAAGUGAGCGCCGCUCGACUAAGAAGAAACUUGACCACUUGUUCAAGAAACUUGCAGAGGAGAAAGCAGCUUGGAAGAGUAGAGAGCAUGAGAAGGUGCGUGCUGUUCUUGAAGACAUGAAGGCAAACCUUGAUCAUGAGAAGAAGAACAGGAGGCGGCUGGAGUUGAUCAACAUGAAGCUCGUCAGUGAGUUGAAAGAGACCAAGAUGUCGGCAAACCAGCUGCUGCAAGAGUAUGACGAGGAGAGGAAGACACGUGAGCUCACCGAGGAGGUGUGCAACGAGCUAGCAAGGGAGGUGGAGGAAGACAAAGCCGAGAUCGAGGCCUUGAAACAUGACUCCAUGAAGCUGCGAGAGGAGGUGGAUGAGGAGCGGAAGAUGCUACAGAUGGCUGAGGUGUGGCGUGAAGAACGGGUGCAGAUGAAGCUUGUCGAUGCAAAACUCACUUUGGAUGCCAAAUACACAGAAUUGAGCAAACUGCAACAGGAUGUUGAGGCUUUUAUUGCAGCAUGCAGUUGUUCUCGAGGAGGCGUCACGGUGGUGGAAGAAGCAGAGAAAAUAAUACAGACGAUCAAGUCAGUCAGGGCACAGGAGACUGAAUUCAGGUAUGAGCCACCAGCAGCAUCAGAAGACAUAUUUUCCAUUUUUGAAGAGCUGCGCCCAAGUGACGAGCCUGUAAUUAAGGAGAUCGAGCAGUGCUACAACAACAGCUCCACCGUAUGUGAAUCAGAAAUCCAAGAGGCUAGCGCAAUGACAGAUAUGUUCCUGGAAAAGCCGGCCAAGGUGUACGCUAAUAAAAAACCUCACAAUGAGAGUGAUGAUGGAGAUGCCAGCAGCUGGGAAACGAUCAGCCACGAGGAAAUGCAGGGUUCAAGUGGUUCACCCGACGGAAGCGAGUCAUCAGUCAACAAGAUCUUUGACGGUAGCAUUUCUUGGACCAGCAGAACCGAUUUCGAGUAUGGUGAGAUCGAGAAGCUGAAGGAUGAUCUGGCUGAUGCAUACCUGACAACCAUGAGCCAGCCCAAGAAGAAAGAGUCAGCCAUCUCAAAGCUCUGGAAGUCGUCUCGUCCAAAGAACAGUGAUGUCUGCAAGAAAGAUGCCAUGGAGGCACUGAACGGCAGAUCAUCAAAUGUACGGCUAUCGGUCGGGACUCACUCCACCAUCGAAAGCGGUAUUCAAGAGAUAGGCCUCAGUCCGCCAAGCGCCGAGCAAUGGAGCUCGCCGGACUCGAUGAACAUCCAAUUCAACCGGGGGUUCAGGGGCUGCAUGGAGUACCCGCGGACGUCCCAGAAGCACAGCCUGAAGGAGAAGCUCAUGGAGGCGCGGAUGGUGAGCCAGAAGCUGCAGCUCCGCCAAGUGCUCAAGCAGAAGAUCUAGAACUGCCAGAACCACAGGAGGUGAAACAUUGCAAGCCUAGAAUUUAAAUUCAAGAAAUAAUCUCAGGAGUACUUCGAUGCUUCAAUUUUCUUGUCUUAGAAUCACUUGUAUUUUUCUUGUCUUAGAGUUACUUGUAAGCUGUAAUUGUUGUCCAAAGAACAAAUAGAUCAAGUCGGCCUUUGUGGGCCGGCUGGAGCCCCGCUGCUUCUGUAUCUUACCUUCGUUCUGGGGAUAUGGUUUCAUCUUAAUAGGCUACGGUGUAGAUACAGCAUGAUGUAAUAUAGACAUAAACAAGCAGCAAUGUUCAGACAAAUUUGCACGUCUGGGAAAAGAU